CAGACGGCAUGGAAAUCAUCAGGAUUCAAUUAUUGGCAGCUUAAAAUCCUUGCACGAGUUAAUCUGGAUGGUUUCAUUCACGAUCACUUGAAAUGUGUGUCAAUUGUUCAGGGAGCAAAUCUACAGAUACAUGCCAUCAACACUCUUUUGGUACAGCCAUGGCCGCCAGCAUAGAAGUCGUGCACGCCUACCGGAACCUGUACCGGAGCCUGCUCCAGGCAGUGCAAUACGCAUUCCCCGCGCGGCUGAUAGCGCGCAACCAGCUCCGCACCGCGUUCCGGGAGCCUGGCGCCGUGUUCAACAAGGAGGGCAUCCGGCGCACCGUCUGGUUCCUCCAGUGUGCGGCGAGAGAGAGAGGCAUGGAACACAUCAUCCUGAAGAACCUCCUGAAGGUGCAGCAGCGGAGGGGGUUCUCGAAAAAGGGCUGGAGGAAGUCGUUUCAUGACAGCAAGACGCAAAACCCUCUGGAUUUUGAGAUGAAGACAAGAUAUUGGCAUUAUGACAUGACAGUUGCAAUGCUCAAUAAGACCAUGGGACUGUGUCUGCGCUGAACGCUCCUCAGCUAUUCCGAGAGGGAUAAGAGAAACGGGAAACCACCUCGGCCUUCGAUUCGCAAUCCGGAGGACGGACCCGACCUACCGCAACGUCCAUGGAACGCCUUGAAGGUAUGAGGUAUGGGGGACACUUUGUCUCUACAAAGGUGCCACAGAAAACAAUCCAGUGCAGGCAAUUGGUAGCCAGCAAACAUCGCGACUGCACGGCGUUUGCGAUGGCUUGUGUAUUACAUGUAUCACUAUUGUGAGGAGAAUCGUUGACUG